UUCAUAAAGUGUGCGUCGUCGGUGGCGAAGGACUGAUGUUACAAACAAAUCCACCAUAAUAUAUUCGUGGCCUCCCAUUCUGUACAUUGUCAUUUAUAACUUAUAUUUUUUUUUUCAUUUUUUUAUGUAAUAACGCUCUUGUACGAGUUACGACGUGGUUUAUAUAAAGUCGCAGAUCGGAAGACAACUCACGUAUAUCGGAGCUUCUUUCACGCGCUGCGUACAUUUCUCCCUAAACAAUUUUUCUUUAAGUUGAAAAAAAGAAUUUGAAUAAAAGUGAGUUAACAUGUUGAAACUGUUGUGUUUGUGCUGCUUGUUUUUUCUUUUAAAUUUUGGUACUUCGCUAAGUGAGAAACAUAUCGGUAGACGCCGAGUGGUUCCGGUCAUCUAUUUACAAGGUUCCCAUUACGAAGUCGGAUACGAUGUGGGUCGUAACUUUGCUUCCAUAAUACAAAGUUUCCUCAAAACGUAUCAAGGAUUGAAGGAUUUUGAAAGAGAAUACAACACACCGUCAGGGCGCGCUGCUUACGACAAUACUCUACUCAACAUGAAGCAAAGGUAUCCAUAUUACGUGAAGGAAAUCCAAGGUAUCGCUGACGGAGCUAAGGUUCCUUUCUAUCAGUUGUUCCUGCUUCACAUGGACGACAUUAUUGGUACUAUCAACGAUAAGACCUCAAACCGUAUUGAUGACGGCGGCUGCAGUGACAUCGCCUUCAAAUCUCCGGAAAACGUCGUGCUCGGUCACACUGAAGACGCGCCGAUGGAAACAGUGAACCAUUUCUACAUAAUGUCAGCGCACGUGAUACCCACACCAGAGGAUAGAGAACUCGGCGCUGUCGAAGAGAGAUUCGCUUCGGUCUGCUACGCCGGCCAGCUUCCAGGCUACACGAUGGGCUUCAACGAAUACGGUCUUGUGUUCACCAUCAACACCCUCAGUCCCCUCCUCCUAAAACCUGGCAAUACUCCACGCAUGUUUAUUACACGAGCUUUAUUGACGGCCAGAACUCCAGCGGAAGCUGAAAAAAUCCUUCUCGACGAGGGUUUGGGCAUCGGCAAUGGUUUCUCAACCAAUGUCAUAUGGACCUCAGAGAAUGGAGAGCGCGAUCUGAUGAACAUAGAGGUGGCGCCUAAUCUCAGCGGCAACAAAUCUAUUUUAAACAUCCAGAAGUAUACUAAUGAUACACUGAUGCAUUGCAAUGCAUAUCUUCGCGAGCGAGUGCAGGAAGUGACGGGCGACAUAAUAGAGAGCAGCGUGACCAGAAUGAAGGCGAUCCGCCGGCACUCGCCGCCGCGUUCCCGGCGCGACAUCGAGCGCGUGCUCUCCGACACCACCUACAAAGACUUCCCCGUUUUCCAGACCAGAUUGGACGCCCCCAUACAGACUAUAGCCGCUGGUAUAUUCGACAUGUCGGCAAAGACAUGGAGCAUUUACAUCGAUAAGCCAGACAGCUCGGAGCCCGUCGCUAUCCUGCCGAUCAGAUUUUCACAGUUAAAUCAAAAUCAUCACAACUAAUUAUCUAUAAAUUAUUACACAUUUAUUAUCUAGCUGUUCACAAAUAAACAGAUGUUUUUUUUUGUGUUGUGUGUUGCACAUAAGGUUUUACUCAAAUAAAUUCAGUAGUAAAAUUAGAUAAGUUUUAAUUUAUUUUUAAUAGUUGUUUGUUAAUGAUAAAAAUAUAUAAAAAGCAUGUUAUAUGAGUUCCUUUAUAGACAAUGAGGGACACAGCAAUGUUUCCCAUGUAUAUUGGUGUAGAGGGAAUGCUCAUCAAAAUACAUGUUAUGCAAAAUAAGGAGUUAUUUGAGUUCAAUGUUAAGGACAUUAAUAUAUUUUUGAUUCUCUGCAUAACCUGAUUGUUUUCAUUUUAUAGCUAUGUUAUCCAGCAUUUAGUAUACAAAUUGUGUUUUAAUUAUAAUUUUAUUAUGACUGUAACAAAUUCAUAUUAAUAAAGUUCUUUGGCGCA